AUGUCUGCAGAAUCUGUCGCGCGGUGGAACGCUAUACCAAUGGUUCGACUGGAGGCAGAUAGCGACUCUGGUCCCUCGUUGCUGAAGCGAACACGAGAUGAGACUCAAGACGACGAAAGCGACGACAACAUCUCGUUGGUGUCUCGUUCUCCCUCCCCACCCCCACGGCCGGACGCCAUGGAUACCGACAAGUAUGACGAAUACGUACAGAGACCGGAACGCGAGGUCAUCACGGUGGACACCAAGAUUGGUAGCACCAACAGAGGGUUUGCUAUGCUGGCGAAACUUGGUUGGACAGAAGGACAGCCCCUAGGUCUAUCCAGCGAAGGUCGUGUCGAUCCUAUUCCGUUCGUUCUCAAGAACGACUUCACUGGCCUAGGCAAGGUCAAUCAAGACGUCAAAAUGAUCGAGUCAACUGUCUCCCAACGACGCGGGCUUGAUUCUGAGCGGCAAACGAGAGAGACCGAGGAACAGCGCAAGGCACGAGAAGAAACCGUCGCUAAGCGUGAUGCCGUCAAAACGGAGAUAUCAAACGUGCUUCGUGCGUUCUACUGUGAGCUGUGCGAAAAACAGUUCCAGACCGUGGGACAGUACGACGAACACACGAACUCGUAUGCCCAUCACCACAAGGCCCGCUUCCGAGACAUGCAGGCAGCCCAGAAGGCAAACUUUGGGGGUCAAGAAGAGAUCGAUAAGCGAAAGGAAAAAGAACGCAAACGAGAAGAGAAGGAGCUGCGGAAGCUCGCGAAAGCGGCUGGUAUCAAGAUGGCUAAACCAACAACGUCCGCCGCCGAGCCUCCAUCUACGGCGCAACCUUCGGACGCGACAAGUGAGGUGAAGCCCGCUGGCCCCAAGAAGUCUGGCUGGGCCACCGUCGGAAACGCAGCAGCGCCACCUGCUGAUCCUGCUCCCCCCGGGCGCGCGCGCUCAGGAUGGUCAUCUGCAAACCCGGCCAGUGAUACUCCAAGGUCAGGCUCUGGGUGGGCACCUGCCAACCCUGCUACCGACGCGCCCCGGAGCUCUGGACGGAGCAAGGUCUCACCUGCGCCUGCUGAGAGCUCGCAGCACCCGCCAUCUGCUUCAGCGCCAUCCGGCUCCGCCCCGGCGUUCAGAACCGGAGGCUGGACUACGCUCGACGACAGCGUAACACGAAGCAUUCCACCACCUCCGCAGCCUCAUGCGCCUGAGCCCGCAGCUCCGUCUCCGCUCCCCGCUGCGCGAUCUGAAUGGGCAGCCGUAGGCACUGCAGCUCCCACUGCGGGCUCAGGAGUGUGGGCACCUGCACCUCCACCUCCGUCCAAUCCACCUCCUGCCGCCACUCCAGUGGCUAUGCCUCCAGCCACACAAAAUGUUCCGCAAGGUGCUGUGCGUCAAGAGGUGUCGCGCUCCGGCUGGCAACAAUUCAAGGCUGGCGCCGGCUCUAGCCGUCGUCGUCGUUAA